UAAUCAGUAUGGAUGGAUUGCUGCUUUGUAGACGGCUGUUACGAUUUCAAUUCUAUGAGAGUCGUUGCAUUUUAAUGAACAGAAUGCUAUGGAGCGGUCGUGCAUUUUCUACUUGGCACGACACACCUUUUGGCCGCUUGAGGUCUGCGUCUCGCAGAAGAAGUGCAAAUCGGUUGGAUUUGGACAAGUACGGUGCAGAACUUGGGUUUAUGGAUCGCCCAGUGACUGUAGCCAGUGUAGGUGUUAUAGCUGACAACUUCGUUCCAUUUGAAGGAAAGUGGAAGGCAUCUAGGUUAACAAGAGAGGGUCUUCGUCAGAUGUGGGAGACGUUUAGAAAGAAACUAGUUUGCACUUACAGCAUUGGCAAAGUCAAGAGAUUCGUUAAACCGUUCAAACCGGUUGAGUUUGCAAAAAUAGCACAGGACAUGAUUAAUGAAGUGAAUACCGCUUUAGCUAAAAAUAACAAACAGAAGCUACAAGAACUGAUGACUGAAAAUGCUUACCAGAGUGUUAAGAGAGAAUUUACAGACAAGCAGCUCCUGUGGAAGUUUGUGAAACAAAUAGAUCGUCCGCGUAUUGUUCAUGCUUGCAUAGUACCCAUCCUUACAAAGGAAGACCUUUUUGCUCAAAUCACAGUUCGCAUCAAUGCCAGACAGUUGUUUGGUGUUCGUCACCGAUUCGGAAAGUUACUGAGAGGGGAUGACGAGAAAGAGCGUGAUGUCAUUGAUUAUGUGGUACUGGAGAGACACAUAGUUGAACCGUUAUCAGUAUGGCGCGUGUGCGGUAAAGUUGCACCAGAACAGAUUCAACUCAAACAACAAGUCAGUACAAUUAAGUAAUGACUAUAUACAUACAAGUGUAAGGAGUGGUAUACCCUACCAACAGAUGUUGUCUGUCUCUUAUAUAUAAAAGAGCUUUCGUGUCGUAAUAGUAACUGAUUUCUCCAGUUUAGUCAGUCAUCAUUGUCAUUUACC